CUGCUUCUUGCUUACUAACACAGUCAAAACCUUAGCUCUCUCAGACUCUGCCCCCUCUCUGUUUUUUUGAGACUCUGAGAGCACAAUGGAUCCAGACCAAGCACCGGGUUUUCGAUUCCAUCCUUCGGAUGAAGAACUCAUCAGUCAUUAUCUGAAUCUGAAGAAAUGUGGUUACGAUGAUGACCGAGUCUCAGAUAUUGGAGAGCUUGACAUCUGCAACUUUGAGCCUUGGGAAUUACCCGAGCGGGCUGCUACGCAACCAAACGAUUACACAUGGUACUUCUUUUCACGUCCACAUUACAAGUACAGAAACAGCAAACGCGCAAAUAGGAGAACCAAUGGUGGAUACUGGAAAGUUACAGGGAAGAAACGUAAAAUCAUGGAUGAAAACAACGAUGAGAUUGGUACCAAGAAAACAUUGGUUUUCUACCAAGGAAAUGUGCCUAAUGGAGUGAAGACUAAUUGGGUCAUUCAUGAGUUCCAUUCCAACAUGAACUAUUCUGACGAGAGGGAUUUUGUUCUGUGUCGUUUGAAGCAAAAACCGGAUGGUAGCUCUGAUGAUGCAAUAUACGACGAAGGGCAGCCAAGUCAGCAUGUAGCUCAACAGAUUGAACCUCAACAUCAGGGGGAUCAGUUGGAGUCACCAAGCGCCUUCAAUGACCAGGAUUCUGGCUACUCAUAUGCAGAACAGUUGGAGACAUACAUGUGGCAGGAGGCACCCUCCUAUGGAAGCUAUGCAUAUUAUUCUAAUGGUUAUUGACCACAAUAUUACAUGUAACUGGUGUUGUUUAAGACUAGUGUGAUUUUCAAUUAGUGUGGUUUUCAAUUUGUUCUUAAGAGUGUAUG